GUUGCUUCUGCCUGCUGCUGUUAUGCCUGAUCGACUAGCGGCUUCCUAUGUCUGGAGUUUCUCUUCUUAGAAAGUGCUGGAAAUAAUCGUAUAAAAGUGAUUCUUAUUAAACACGUCUUAUCUUUCUUGCGAUGCGAAGCGAUCUCUCUCUUACUUGAUAAGAGUCAUCACGAAAAGCCUGUUUUUUUGUUUUGUAAUGUGAGGAAGUUGAGCUGGAGCGCUUCAGCAUGUCUGAUCAAGCGGUUCUGACGGUUCGGCUCGUGCGGUCUUUCGAACAUCGCAACUUUAAACCGAUAGUCUUCAUAGAUGUGAAUUUGGACCAGACAGUUGAAGACUUCAUUUUGUUUGUUAAAAAAGACAUUUUAUCAAGAUCUGGUUUACCUCCACCUUUCAAGAAGUUUGACUAUGACACAAUGAAAAUCAUCCACCAGGCACAUGGAGCAAAGACAAAUGAGCUUGUGAUGAGUUUAGAGGAUGAUGAAAAAUUGAUUCUUUCUGGUGGCUGCAGUUUAAGAGCAUGUGGUGUUGCCAAUGAGACUGAACUGGCCUUCUUCAAAAUGUCAGACUAUGAAAAAUUCAAGGCCAAUCCCCAGACAACAUGGUGAAAGUGAUGAUGAUGGUGCUGCUCAAGAGUAUUUAUUUUCCAGAGGCACCUCUAGAUUCAAACGUCUAUUCAUUCAUAAGUUUUAAAAUGUAUUGUGUACUAUGCAGGCUACCCAAACCAUUAUAAACGCUUCAGUACCAA